CCGUCCGGCGGCGGCGGGGCCCGGCCCGCGCGCAGCGGUCGCCGCAGCCUGCGGGCCUCGGGCCGCGAGCAGCCGCGGCGCCGCGCCGGCGGGCGAGCGGGAGAUGCCGAAGCUGCGCGGGGAAGCCUUCUGGAGGGAGACGCUGCGGAGCGCCCACUACGUGGUGGCGCCCAUGGUGGACCAGAGCGAGCUGGCCUGGAGGCUGCUGAGCCGCCGCCACGGUGCCCAGCUCUGCUACACACCGAUGCUGCACGCCCAGGUCUUCCUCAGGGACGCCAACUACCGCCGCGAGAACCUCUACGACGAGGCCUGUCCCGAGGACCGGCCGCUCAUCGUGCAGUUCUGUGCCAAUGAUCCUGAAGUGUUUGUCCAGGCAGCACUGUUGGCUCAGGAUUACUGUGAUGCCAUAGACCUAAAUUUGGGUUGCCCCCAAAUGAUUGCAAAGAGAGGUCACUAUGGAGCAUUUCUGCAAGAGGAGUGGGAUCUGCUUCAGAGAAUGAUUUUACUGGCUAACGAGAAGCUCUCUGUUCCCAUCACAUGCAAAAUCCGCGUUUUCCCAGACAUUGACAAGACAGUGAAGUAUGCACAGAUGCUGGAGAAAGCUGGCUGCCAGCUGCUGACUGUGCAUGGCCGUACUAAAGAACAGAAAGGACCACUUGCUGGUGUGGCAUCUUGGGAGCACAUUCAAGCUGUAAGAAAAGCUGUAAACAUUCCUGUAUUUGCAAAUGGAAACAUCCAGUGUCUCAGUGAUGUGGAAGAAUGCAUCCGUAAGACAGGAGUACAUGGUGUCAUGAGUGCAGAAGGUAAUCUUCAUAACCCAGCCUUGUUUGAGGGCCGAAACCCAUUGGUGUGGGAGAUGGCUGAGGAGUAUCUGGAGAUCGUGAGGAAGUACCCUUGUCCACUGUCUUAUGUUAGGGCUCAUCUCUUCAAGCUCUGGCAUCACACGCUUCAAGUUUACCAUCAGCUGCGUGAAGAAUUAGCAAAAGUGAAGACUCUAGAGGGCAUUGUAGAUGUCAACAGGGAGCUGAAACUGCGAUGCCAGGAAGAAAUAGCUAAUCAGAAAGAAGGAGAAAAGCCAAAAGAAGGGUUGCCUUUUUUCCACUGGAUCUGUCAGCCAUACAUCAGGCCAGGGCCAAAGGAGAGAUGCAGGGAGAAUGGAGAUAGUGGAACUGAAAAAGGUGUGCGAGGAAAACGUGCUCUGGAAGAAGAGGAAGAUGGAAAUUCUGAGCUUCUUUCAAAGAACAAACAAAAAAAGAAGUUAAGAAAUCCAAAUAAAAGCUUUGAUCCAUCUUUAAAACCCAAGUAUGCAAAAUGUGAUCAGUGUGGAAACCCUAAGGGCACUAAAUGUGUGUUUAACAUGUGCCGAGGAUGCUGUAAGAAAAGAGCAUUCAAGGAGGUAGCAGAUUGUCCAGGUCAUGGAUUACUUUUUAAGACCAAGUAUGAAAAAUCCCUUUCAUGGCAGCACAGUCAAAGAGGAAUUCAAACCCCAGAGAUCAGUCAGGGAGGAGAUGCAGAGGUGGGGGAGACAGCAGUGCUGAAGGAGGCUGGUGACAGUACAGGGUGAAGCUUUGGAAAUGAACAGUCCAAGAGCUCCUGCCAGCCCACUACACUACUUCCCUGGGCCAAAGAAUGUGUCAUCUCCAGCUCACUGUCAGCUGUGUCACCUUCUUCCACAUGUUUAAGUUCUGGAAAAGUUUUAUUUAAGUAAAAAACUGCUUACUCAGGGAAUUAUCCUGCAUUUGAAAUAAAAGAGAUGCAAUUAAAUGUCUAAUGCUGUA